AUGAAAUGCUAUUUCAGUGGAACUCUGCUGAUCAGCGUGCUCCCUCCACUGUUGGUGACAGAGUUUGUUUUGGGAGCUCUCGGAAAUGGUUUGGCUCUCUGGAUCUUCUGCUUCCACCUGAGGCCCUGGAAGAGCAGCACGGUGUUACUCUUCAACCUGGCCUUGGCUGAUUUUCUGCUCAACAUGGCUUUGCCUUUUCGUGCCAGCUACUACUUCUCUGAGAUCAAGUGGAUGUUUGGAGGCGCUCUCUGCAACAUCUGUCUCUUCAUGUUGGCCAUGAAUCGCAGUGGAAGUACAAUCUUCUUGAUGGCUAUCGCUGUGGACAGGUACAUGCGUGUGGUGCAUCCCCAUCAUCCCAUCAACUCUCUGAGUAUCUCCAAAGCCAUAUGUGGAGCACUUGGCUUAUGGCUGCUCACCAUCUCAAUGACAGCUCAUGUCUUCACUCUGAAACACAACACAACCUACUGUGAGAGCUUCCUGAUCGAGACUGAAUCCCAACGAAAUCUGACCUGGCAUAAGUUCGAGUUCAUCUUUUCCUUCUACAUCCCUCUGCUGGUGAUUCUCUACUGUUCAUUCCAAAUUAUUGGCCACCUGCGAAGGAGACAGCUGUCCCAGCAUGCAAAGAUCAAGAAGGCUCUGUGUUUCAUUGCAGUUGUGGCGGCGCUCUUCGUCAUUUGCUUCCUCCCGAGCAACAUCACGCAGCUGCUGAUUUGGAUCAGGACCCAACAAGUUGCCAGCACCCUUCCUGAAUCUGAAGUCUGCCCUGCUCUGGAAAACCUGACAACUUCGUUUUACAUCACCAUCAGCCUGACCUAUCUCAACAGUGUGUUGGACCCUGUGGUUUACUACUUCUCCAGCCCUGUCUUCAAGAACAUCUGCAGGAAAGCUCUUCAUCUGUCCCAAACAGACACUGCUGAAAGCACAGAGAGGAAAACUUGAGAAACAGGC